CCACAUACCUAUCUGGAGAGAGAGAGAGAGAGAGAGAGAGAUGGGUGGUUGUUCUGAAGGACACAUAGUGAUGCUGCCUUUCAUGGCACAAGGCCAUCUCAUCCCUUUCCUAGCACUAGCGAGACGAAUCCACCAAGCAACUGCCUUCACCAUCACCAUCGCCAACACUUCUCUCAACAUUGCCUACCUCAGCUCAUCCAUUGCCAAGGACCCAACUCUUUCUUCAGCUCAAUCCCAUCACCGGAUCCGCCUGGUACCUCUUCCCUUCAACAGCUUGGUCCAUGGCCUCCCACCCAACACUGAGAACUCCGAGGCCUUGCCUUUCCACAAAAUCAUCAAUCUCUGCCGUGCUUCAGCUGCCCUUGAAGCUCCUUCCAUGGAACUUGUGGCAGAUAUCACAGCCAAAGAAGGCAGGCCCCCGAUUUGCAUCAUCUCUGAUGUCUUCCAUGGCUGGGCUAAUCGAGUGGCUGAGAGAUUCCAAACUGUGAAUGUCACCUUCACCACUGGUGGUGCUUAUGGCACUGCAACUUAUGUGUCAGUGUGGCAGAACCUGCCUCACAGGUCCGCAGAGGCUGAUGAGUUUCAGAUUCCGGGCUUUCCUGAUUCGACCCGCCUUCGCCGGUCUCAGCUUCAUCAGUUCGUCCGAGAAGCCGACGGAAAUGAUUUGUGGUCUCAGUUUUUUCAGCCUCAGAUUGGGCUUUCUUUAAGGUCCUUCGGCUGGCUAGUCAGCACAGCUGAGGAAAUUGAGCCUCUUGGUAUGGAAGUGUUGAGAAAAUACACCAAGCUUCCUGUUUGGCCAGUUGGGCCUCUUCUUCCUCCAGCGAUGCUGAACCAUUCAUCUUCUUCCAGACCCAAGAAUCUAGGAAGACACAGUGGAAGGGAAUCAGGGAUUUCUCUUCAGGAAUGCUUAGAAUGGUUGGAUUUGCGCCCGGAAAGCUCUGUGCUUUACAUCUCAUUUGGUUCACAGAACACAAUCAAUCCAACCCAGAUGAUGGAGUUGGCAAAGGGCUUGGAAGACAGUGGCAGACCUUUCAUUUGGGUGAUAAGGCCUCCAUUUGGGUUUAAUCCCGAAGGUGAAUUCAGAUCAGAAUGGCUGCCUGAGGGGUUUGAAGAGAGGAGACAAGGCUUGUUGGUGAGAGGGUGGGCACCCCAGCUGGAUAUCUUGUGCCACAAAUCAACAGGAGCUUUCCUCAGCCACUGUGGAUGGAAUUCAGCCAUGGAGAGCCUAAGCCAAGGCGUGCCCAUCAUCGGGUGGCCCCUGGCGGCCGAGCAGACAUUCAACUCGAAGAUGAUGGUGGAGGAGAUGGGGGUUUGUAUCGAGUUAACCAGAGGAAUGCAGGGCACCGUAACGAGAGAGGAAGUGAAGAGAAUAACAGAACUGGUGAUGGACAACAAGGAAGGGAAAGGAGAGGAGAUGAAGAGAAAAGCAACUAAGAUUGGAGAGCUCAUAAAAGCAGCAUUAACAGAAGAUGGAGGCCACCAAAAGGGGUCUUCUCUGCAAGCAAUGGAUGAUUUUAUUUCUGCCCUACUCUCAGCUCAAACCCAGAGGCAGAAGCAACUCCCUUCGAGUAACUGAAACUCUUCAGUUCAGUCCCAGGAUUCUAGGCCCAUUUCUAGGGAAUCAUCUGCGUGUUCUGGGGGUAACUAUUCUAUCAUCAUCAUCAUCAUCAUUUGACGGCUCAAUUUCAUGAUGAUUUGUUGCUAUCUUAGAUACGAAAAGCUUGUUCCUUUGUUCCUUCUCUUUCCUUCGGCAGUAGACUCAAAUUCAGUAACGAAUUCUUCCUCUC